AUGACGCGGCUCUGCUUGGGCCGAGGCGGGCUUAGCGCCGUGUGCCUGAAACAUCCACCCUGGCCUCAAUAUCAAACACUCUUUUUGGUCCAUCACGAACGCUCCGGCUUUCUUCACCCACUGAGGUCCUCUCUACCCCUUAUCCACCUCAGUCCGCCCUUCGCACCGUGCGUCAGUUUUGCUCUGUCUGGUAGCGAUCUGUCUUCGACCUCCCUAACCUUGACGAUCACAUCACCCUUCCCCAUCGUCGAUCCGCUGAAUGGCCUCCCCCGCCGUCUCUCCCUCCUUGAGUUUCCGUCUGACCGCAUCUUAAAACUUAAUUAUCCGGACCCUAUCGCACCCCAGCUAUUCACUGCAAAGGCCAUUGUGCCGUCCAUUUCCGUUCCCUCAUUCCCAUGGGAAUACCUGCCACUCGUUUUGCGAAUAUCCAAAUUUUUCAACCUCUACAUACAAAUUUGUAUAUAUACAAAAGUCCCACCACAAGCCGAUCGAUACCCAAAUCAUCGCAAAUCCUUCAGAAACUUGCUGGCGCAAUUUCUAUACGGUCUUGGUACCGCCAGGAAAGCAGUCGAUUGA